AUGAGAAAAGAGGAACAACAGGACACAACGGGUUUGGAUGAAUCAGUAGUGAUAUCAGUAGCGGCACCUGCUGGAACGAAUCGUGCACCGACGACGACAACGUCUACGAGUACGACUACGGUGACGACGGUGACGGCGACGACGACGAUGACGACGAAGACGAUGUCGUCGCCUAAGAUGCCGGAUGGAGGCGCUUGCAGCGACGAAGACGAAGUCGAAGAAGGUGGCGGAGGUGGCGUAGGUGGAGGAGGUAGUGGUAGCAAAAUGGAAAAUGAGGAUCAAGUGGUAGAAAUAGAGGGGAUGGUGAACGAGGAAGAGGAGGAUGAAGAGAAGACCGCUGGCGUUGGUGGUCUUUCAUUAGGCGAAAGUGGGGGUGGAGGCGGCAUGGGUGGCUUCUGGAGGCAAAGCAGACCCUCCAGUCCCCGCAUGCCGCCUCCAGAGCAGCGGGAGCAGAGGCCAAAGAGCCGACACGAUCCGGCUUUAGCAAGAUACAAUAAUCUUGGUUAUUGGAGAGCCAGACGUGUUACUUUUUACAAAAAUGGCGAUCCUUAUUUUCCUGGGGUUGAAUUCAGGUUCAAACCAAGGCGAGAUAUCGGUUCUCUGGAAGCUCUAUUGGACAGAUUAUCUCUCCGUUUGGAUUUACCAAGGGGUGCACGUUAUAUAUUCUCGAUGGACGGCGAUCGGAAAAUUAAUUUGGACGAAUUAGAAGAUGGCGCCUCUUACGUUGUCUCCAGCUAUAAAACGUUCAAGGUUGAUUGA